CUCUCUCUCUCUCUCUCUCUCACAAAUUUCUGGAGAGAGACAAAAAAAAAAAUAAAAAUAAAAAAGAGAAAACGAAGGAGAAGAAGAAGAAAUGCAGAAAGAGACCCCACUGUGAAUCAGGAACUUUUUUAGAUGGGUUGUGCAAGCUCAAAACAAAAGCGUUGCCGGCGUUGCCGGCACUGCCGGCACUGCCACGCACCCUAUUCUCCGAUGCCUCGGAGCUACUCAAUGCAUGUGGUUCAUCCGUCGCAGAAAAGAGGCGAUGGCUAUCAUGUGGUGGCGCUCACCUCCACCACAUUAGGCUCUCUUGCGCUCGAUUCACCUUCCAAUUACAAGGACAAUAUCAAUGCUGCUAUUGAUAUUUUGACAGCGAAAAGCAAUGAUGAGGAGAGUACCAAUUUAUGUGAUGAGCAAAAUGGGAUUUCAAACGACAAGGAAUUGAAGAGCAAGGAAUUUUCAGUGGGGUUAAUUGAAGCCAAGAGUUGGUCUAAUAUGAUCCAAGAAAAAAUUCCCAAAAUUGUCCCAAGGACGCCAGUUAGAACGCCGCCUGGAGAGCCUGAAACCAUCAAUGCUUGGGAGUUGAUGGAGGGUCUUGAAGAAGAUGAUGGUUCUGUACAUUUGCCUCAUCUGUUUCGCAGCUUCUCUUUCGAUCUUUCUCGCGAAACAAAUCCAGUUCCUGAUAGCCCAAGAUUGAAUGGGACCACAUUUUCACCAAAUAAUCCCCAGACUAGUCUCAAACCUCUUUGGCUUAAAUUAGCAGACGAAGAAGCAAAUUCCAAGUGUCCGGAAUUCGACCCUCAAAUCAUUUCCACUUUCAGAAAAUCUCUCCAGGAUCUCUCUCCUGCCCAUCCAUUUUACCUCAAGCCACCGGACGGUGAGAAACAAUCACCUCUUUCUCCUCCCUUAGCCGGCAAUAAUCAUAUUAAAAACUUCUGUAAACGUGGGAAUGAGAAGGUGGUGGUAUACUUUACAAGCCUGCGAGGGAUUCGCAAAACCUACGAAGAUUGCUGCCAUGUGAGAGUGAUCUUAAAGGGCUUAGGUGUUCGAACUGAUGAGCGAGACGUAUCGAUGCAUUCAGGGUUUAAGGAUGAGUUGAGAGAGCUAUUGGGAGAAGGGUUUAGAGGAGAAGGAGGACUACCGAAGGUGUUUGUCGGAAGAAAAUACAUUGGAGGAGCUGAGGAGAUACGGCGACUGCACGAAGAAGAUCAGCUGGAUAAAUUGUUUGAAGGGUGUGAAAUGGUGGAGGACAGUGGUGGUGGAGCUUGUGAGGCUUGUGGGGAUAUCAGGUUUGUGCCAUGCGAGACAUGCUUUGGGAGUUGUAAGAUAUACUACGAAUGUGACGAAGAAGAAGAAGAAGAAGAAUGUGAGCAUGGCUUUCAACGUUGCCCUGAUUGUAAUGAGAAUGGACUAAUACAUUGCCCGAUUUGUUGCUACUAGCUAAUGUCUUCCCACUGCCAGAAAACCAGAUUUCUCCAUGUCCUGCUUGGGGAUUUCCUCAGCCCGAUUCGUUAUGGAUUUCCUCAGCCUGAUUCUACACAUAUGUUAUGUCUCAAAUUUAUGGUAUCAAUUUAGAUAAGAAUUUCUUGUCUUUAAUAAAUAUUUUUCUCUUUGUUUUAUGAUUUGUUUGUCGUACAGUGAGGAGUUUUUGGGAUGUAAGAGAGGAGAUGGAAUCGUAUGAAAAAAAUUGGAAUAAAAGAAAUUACAGGGAACAAUGUGUUCCGAGCAGAUUUUCUACUUCCCCAGUCAUUUGCCUUGUUGGCUGUACAAGUGUAUGUAUUUCAGAGGUAAAGGGAAAAUAAAAAUGUUUAUUUAUUUGAAAGA